UUCGUGGACAGAUUUUGGGCGGAGUAAAGCUAUAUCUCGCUUCGCCUCUUCCUCUCUGGCGAAACCCACGUUUGAAUGAGAUGGCCUUGGAUGCUGUGUCUCUAGCAACCUGUUAUACGUAGCAUCAAAGAUUGGCAUUGCAGUAGGAGCUGUACCAUAAUAAAGGAGGAACCCUUCAACAGGUAGUUCCAGAUCUCCAUCGCAAUGGCCCCACACCCAGUGGUGCAGGCCAUCAUUGACCUCUCAGCUGGAGCUAUAGGAGGUACAGCGUGUGUGCUGAGCGGUCAGCCCCUGGACACAGCCAAGGUGAAGAUGCAGACUUUUCCCUCCUUGUACCGAGGCUUUGUCCACUGCUUCUCCUCCAUAUACAAACAGGUGGGUCUCCGAGGGCUCUACCAGGGUACCAGCCCAGCCCUGAUGGCUAACAUCGCUGAGAAUUCUGUCCUCUUCAUGAGCUACGGAUUCUGCCAGGAGGUGGUUCGCACAAUGGCAGGACUGGGAACUGAGGCUCCACUCAGUGACAUGCAAAAAGCAAGUGCUGGGUCUGUAGCAUCCAUCUUCUCCUCUCUGGUCCUGUGCCCCACUGAGCUGGUCAAGUGUCGUCUUCAAGCCAUGUACGAGAUGGAAGCGUCUGGCAAGAUCGCAAAGGGCCAACACACGGUGUGGUCGGUGGUGAAGUCAGUGAUGAAGCAAAAUGGUCCUACGGGGUUCUUCACAGGCCUGACCACAACCAUCGCCAGAGAGGUGCCUGGGUACUUCUGCUUCUUCGGGGCCUACGAGCUCUGCCGAACCACGUUCGCUGACAACAUGAAGUGCAGCAAGGAGGACAUAGGAGUGGCCCCUAUUGUGUUCAGUGGGGGUUUCGGGGGUGCAUGCCUGUGGCUGGUGGUCUACCCCUUUGACUGUGUCAAGUCUCGUAUCCAGGUCAUGUCAAUGAUGGGGCACCAGGAAGGUUUCUUCAAGACCAUGAUGACCAUCAUGAGGACGGAAGGUGUAAGGGCGCUCUAUUCUGGUUUGACUCCCACCAUGAUCCGCACGUUCCCCGCCAACGGAGCCCUGUUCCUGGGGUACGAGGCCAGCCGUAAGUUCAUGAUGAAACAGUUUGACAGCUGACCUGGUCCUCCUCCGACAACGAUGUCCCCCAUCUCUUUUUUUGCCUUGUCAUUUGUUCUGGUUAACCCUACUACGUUGUGUCGUUAACCUCCUACAACACUCCGAACUGGUUGAAAUGACCUGAUUUCAAUGAGUUCUGGUUGUAAGUGGGUUGAGCUUUGCCCGCUGGGUUGGCCUUGGAACCCACACUCCUCAGAGUGAAGCAUUGUGGCUAAUAUUAUGUUUUUAGAUACUUGACUUGAGUGUACAAAACAUUAGGAACCUAAUAUUGAGUUGCAUCCCCUUUUGCACAGAACAGCCUCAAUUCGUUAGGGAAUGCACUCUACAAGGUGUCAAAGCGUUCCACAGGGAUGCUGGCCCAUGUUGACUCCAAUGCUUCAAUGCUCCAAUGCUUGUGUCAAUUGGCUGGAUGUCCUUUGGGUGGUGGACCAUUCUUGAUACACACAGGAAACUGUUGCGCAUGAAAAACCCAGCAGCAUUGCCGUUCCUGACACACUUCAACCGGUGCGCCUGUCACCUACUACAGUACCAUUCCCCGUUCAAAGGCACUUAAAUCUUCUYUGAAUGGCACACAUACACAAUCCAUSUCUCUAUUGUCUYAWGGCUUAAAAAUCCUUUAACCUGUCUCCUCCCCUUCGUCUACACUGAUUGAAGUUGAUUUAACAGGUGACAUCAAUAAGGGAUCAUAGACUGACUGGGUGAAUCCAGUUGAAAACUAUGUCAUGGACCUAAUUCUUUGUACACUCGGUGUAAGGUCUGGAAGUGGAGUAUUAGUGUUUGAAUUUUUUAUUUUACAGUAUUAAUAAAAUACAUGUUACUUUAUAAAGCCCUUUUUACAUUAGCAUUUGUCUGUGGUACGUCAGAGCAGAAUCUCAGAAUAGUCYUAAUCUAYUUCUUAAUCUGCAAGAAGGSUAUACUACAAAGCAGAAUCAAGGAGUUAGACAGUUAACUUGGUUAUAUAUUCUGGGRAAAAUAUUUUAUAUUUUAAAGAAAUAAGCUUGAAAUGGGCAUGGUCUAAUUGACUCCACAAACMAAAACGCAUAUCUAAGUUUAGCUUUCUUAAUGAACCAGAAAAUGAUCAGUUAUUUCUCUGUUUAUCAAAGUUAGCUGGCUAAUGCAUUGAUCCUGCCUUGUAGCAUACCCCUUUGUAGCAUACCCCUGAGUUGUUACUGUUCUUUUGUGGUCUUGUCUGUACUGCAGAAGGGUAAUGCAUAUACACAGCCAACCAUUAUUUUCCUCCUAUUCUCAACACUCCACUAGAGUGGACUUGACCCGAGGGGUAUACUACAAAGCGGGCUCAACGAAUUAGCCGGCUAACUUUGAUAAACAACCAGAAAUAACUAUUGAUUUUCUGAUUUCAUUAAGAAAGAUGUGAUUUUGGUUGUUGAGUCAAUUAGACCGUGCCAUUUCAAGCUUAUCCUUCAAAAAAAAAAUACAAAGUUAUUUCAGAAUAUUUAGGSAAGUAAGCUGGGUAACUCAUUGAUCCUUUGUUGUAUACCCCUCUGGCUUACUUGUCAUAGUGCUGGUACACUUUUGAGAAGGGCACUGUAAUAGUACUGUAUUUUCCAGCCAUUCCAAGAAAACAGCACUCGGUAUUYAAAUGCACUUCUUCAAUACUGCAGCUGGAUUGCCUUUAUGCCAAGUUCCUUGAAAUGUAACUCCAUUAUCCAAAUGUUCAGUGUUUUUCUGUCCUUUUGUUAGUAAUUAAUAUUGGUAACGCUUAACAUUCAGUCGCUCUUAUACCUGUGUAAUAAUGCUGAAAUUAUUAUAGUAACAACAUUGUACAAACAUGUUAUACGUCAGUAACUGUGUUUAUAAUUGAUUUGAGCAGUUUUGUAAUUACAUAGGGGAGGAAUUGGGGGUGAAGUGUUACCCUGUUUGUCUAUUAACCACUAUUCUUCCCCUUUUUUGUCAUGUAAUGUUAUAUUAUGAUGUGAAAGACCACGAAAUUCUCAGCUUCAAGCAACACAGACUAAGUAUCAUAUCCAAACUGCCAAUUGCAAUGAUCUGCAGGAGGUCAAAUAUUCCUUAAUCAAGCCUUUAACUUUAGACAUUUUAAAUAUGCAAUAUUUAUUUAAAAUAAAGAUGCAUAUUCUUUUAUUCAUGUCCAGGAAAUKAUCAGGACCGAGUAGCCUAUUAUAUUAUCCUACUGUAAAGAGUACAAUAAUACUGUAUAGAGUAAAGAAUACUAACUGUAUAUGUUGGGGGAAAUUAGUUUUUGUAUUGUAAUUACAUGACUUGCAUUAAAAGUGUCACUGCAGGACAAAGAUGUGGGACAUCUCAUGGGCUGCAUUC